CUUCUCAAAAAGGAAGUGACAAGGAAGUAGAAUAUAAAGAUGAUAGAUAUUGUAGUGGUUGGCAGGCUAUGGGGGUGUAUGGAAAUUGGACAUCGUAAUGUCAUUCUCUUCUAGGAAAUAUUAAUAUAACUCUGGAAGUUCCAUCAUACAUCUUGAGAGUAUUUAUAUGAGGAGAUGAAACCCUUAUGGACUCAGACUACAGAGGAACCAAAACAAAGACAGGUCAAACGCCAGACUUUCGACAUCUCAAAUCAUCAUGAAGACUACCUGCUUGGCUCUUGGGUUAUUGCUGCUGGCAGUAUCCCAGUCCUAUGCUAUCCCUCUUGGACUGGAGUCAUCACCUGACAGCUGCUGUUUCAGCUUCUCCAAAAUGAGAGUGCCCCACAAGAAGAUCGACUCCAUCCAGAGAACUCACAGUGGAUGCCCCCGACCAGCAUUUGUGGUCAGAACUGUUGAGGGCAGAGUGAUUUGCUUCCAGUCAAGUGUGCCGUGGGUACAGAAAGCCUUCAACCGGGUCAAGCAGCCAGCAGCUGUGGCCACAAGUAGCAGCAUUGAGGGUUCCAGUCAUCCUUGAUAACCUCCUCAUCAUGACUCAAGCCUCACAGGACUAUAUCGUCAUCAACAUGCAAGCAAUGCAUUCUAAGUGACAUGUUUAUCACAUAGAAUGCAGCAAUUACUAUUUUGCAACAUAUGGAAUUGGGGAAGGAGUGUUAGGAUGUACACACCUUUUUGUUUAUGUGAAUACUGUAUGUGAGAAUCCACUGCUUAAAUAAAAUGAGAACAUUUGACUUAAACAUAAGUCUCAUCUUUAAUAUAAUAAUGUACAGUUAGAUAGAGAACAGAUGAUAAAAGGAAGAACCAAAUAAAGCUGAAAACAGUGUACAUAUAAAAAAACAAUACAAAAAAACAAACUCCUCCUAAAGUUAUGACUACCUUUUAAAGGGGUUUCUAGGAUAAGGGAUUGGUUAAAGUACUAUUUAAAAAAAGUUUGUUUCAGAACUUCGCUCAACGGAGCCUUUUACUGACCAGUGUAGGUUGGGUCAAAGGUUGUCUUCUGUUAAUUCACAGUGAUUUUGAGUUUGUGUUCAGUUGUGAAUUAUAUUACAAUUGAGUCAUUUCCAUUAUGAAUGUAAACCAGAGAAGAAGUACAGGGGUUAGAUACUAGAUGUGUGUUGUCUGUCCCUUUUGCAUGACUUCGAUGCAGCUGUUAAGAUUCUACAGGUUUGUAAAAUCAAGACGGCUAAAAUAUUGGCUUAUGAACCACUUACUGUAAUGAUCCUACUGGGUUUAAGAAAUCUUAGUUCUCCAACCAUACAUUAUAUAUUAAAAUAAAACUUGACGAUCCUCAGAGAGGUAAGGGUUUUGAGGUGUCACACAGUGUGGCUUAGUGUUAGUCUCACCAUGCGUUUGGGACAAACCCAUGCAUAUAGAGGUUUCAGCACAGUCUUUAGAACAGAGGACGAGACGGGGAGAGAGAGAGGACGAGAUGGGGAGAGAGAGAGAGAGGACGAGACGGGGAGAGAGAGGACGAGACGGGGAGAGAGAGGACGAGACGGGGAGAGAGAGGACGAGACGGGGAGAGAGAGGACGAGACGGGGAGAGAGAGGACGAGACGGGGAGAGAGAGGACGAGACGGGGAGAGAGAGGACGAGACGGGGAGAGAGAGGACGAGACGGGGAGAGAGAGGACGAGACGGGGAGAGAGAGGACGAGACGGGGAGAGAGAGGACGAGACGGGGAGAGAGAGGACGAGACGGGGAGAGAGAGGACGAGACGGGGAGAGAGAGGACGAGACGGGGAGAGAGAGGACGAGACGGGGAGAGAGAGGACGAGACGGGGAGAGAGAGGACGAGACGGGGAGAGAGAGGACGAGACGGGGAGAGAGAGGACGAGACGGGGAGAGAGAGGACAAGGGAUAGAUAGGGCUUUAGGUUCAGGGCUUCCACAAAAUCCAUCACUUCACAUAAAACAUUGUCACGGUUAUCAUUGUUUUAGACACCCAUGCGAUUUGUGUAAUAUCGUCUAUAUAUCAGGGAAAUGAUUAUCUACUUCAGUAUCCAGAUAAUGUUGCUAUAACACUGACAAUGUUCCUGUUAACGUGUCAUGUGUGUUCUAUUAGUAAAAAUCGGAGGCAUGGUUCUGAUUGCAUUAUCAGGCAUUAUCUAGGACCUCAAACACAGUUUACAGUUAUACAUACACAGGCAGACGCACACACACAACACACAGACGUGCGCGCACACACACACAUUUGAGAUAGGUCAUCCCUUUUCCUGAACCUGGCUUAUUCAUCUUGACUUUGCUUUUCACUGUCAUCAUUCCACACAAUUAUUUUCCUUUUUUCUUAUACUCUCCGACCUGACUCAAACCCUUAAUGACCACCUACAUUGACCCCCCCUGGACACACACUCCCAAGUGUGGUGUUUAACAUGUACCAGGUGUUCAGGGUGACCCCCCCCCUGGACACACACUCCCAAGUGUGGUGUUUAACAUGCACAUGUACCAGGUGUUCGGGGAAUUUCAGACUGUAUAUGAUUAUGUGUUUACACAUGUCACAAUGGAGUGUGCUUGCGAAUAGUCUAAGAAUAGUCUAAGACUUGAGCUGCCUCUACUGGAAGAAACAGGCAAGUUAAGUGGCCAGAGCAGCAUCUAGAAAACAGUCUGUAGUACACUUGUGUAAAGGAUGACUAUACAUGGUGCCUGCCAUGUGUAAAACUCAGAUCAGAGGGACAUAAUUUCCUCCAUGUCAAGAAUAGGCAUUGACUUUCACAUUCACAUGCAUUCCCACAUAAAAGGUUAAGGUUUUGGCAGAGACUCCAAGAGAGCGAUGUGGCAGUGUGUGUGUUGUAUGUACUGUAUGAGAGUGAGUAAUUGGGGUGCGCUGUAUGUACUGUAUGAGAGUGAGUAAUUGGGGUGCGCUGUAUGUACUGUAUGAGAGUGAGUAAUUGGGGUGCGCUGUAUGUACUGUAUGAGAGUGAGUAAUUGGGGUGCGCUGUAUGUACUGUAUGAGAGUGAGUAAUUGGGGUGCGCUGUAUGUACUGUAUGAGAGUGAGUAAUUGGGGUGCGCUGUAUGUACUGUAUGAGAGUGAGUAAUUGGGGUGCGCUGUAUGUACUGUAUGAGAGUGAGUAAUUGGGGUGCGCUGUAUGUACUGUAUGAGAGUGAGUAAUUGGGGUGCGCUGUAUGUACUGUAUGAGAGUGAGUAAUUGGGGUGCGCUGUAUGUACUGUAUGAGAGUGAGUAAUUGGGGUGCGCUGUAUGUACUGUAUGAGAGUGAGUAAUUGGGGUGCGCUGUAUGUACUGUAUGAGAGUGAGUAAUUGGGGUGCGCUGUAUGUACUGUAUGAGAGUGAGUAAUUGGGGUGCGCUGUAUGUACUGUAUGAGAGUGAGUAAUUGGGGUGCGCUGUAUGUACUGUAUGAGAGUGAGUAAUUGGGGUGCGCUGUAUGUACUGUAUGAGAGUGAGUAAUUGGGGUGCGCUGUAUGUACUGUAUGAGAGUGAGUAAUUGGGGUGCGCUGUAUGUACUGUAUGAGAGUGAGUAAUUGGGGUGCGCUGUAUGUACUGUAUGAGAGUGAGUAAUUGGGGUGCGUUGUAUGUACUGUAUGAGAGUGAGUAAUUGGGGUGCGUUGUAUGUACUGUAUGAGAGUGAGUAAUUGGGGUGCGCUGUAUGUACUGUAUGAGAGUGAGUAAUUGGGGUGCGCUGUAUGUACUGUAUGAGAGUGAGUAAUUGGGGUGCGUUGUAUGUACUGUACGAGAGUGAGUAAUUGGGGUGUGUUGUAUGUACUGUACGAGAGUGAGUAAUUGGGGUGUGUUGUAUGUACUGUACGAGAGUGAGUAAUUGGGGUGUGUUGUAUGUACUGUAUGAGAGUGAGUAAUUGGGGUGUGUUGUAUGUACUGUAUGAGAGUGAGUAAUUGGGGUGUGUUGUAUGUACUGUAUGAGAGUGAGUAAUUGGGGUGUGUUGUAUGUACUGUAUGAGAGUGAGUAAUUGGGGUGUGUUGUAUGUACUGUAUGAGAGUGAGUAAUUGGGGUGUGUUGUAUGUACUGUAUGAGAGUGAGUAAUUGGGGUGUGUUAUAUGUACUGUAUGAGAGUGAGUAAUUGGGGUGUGUUAUAUGUACUGUAUGAGAGUGAGUAAUUGGGGUGUGUUGUAUGUACUGUAUGAGAGUGAGUAAUUGGGGUGUGUUGUAUGUACUGUAUGAGAGUGAGUAAUUGGGGUGUGUUGUAUGUACUGUAUGAGAGUGAGUAAUUGGGGUGUGUGAGGUCCAUGUCUGACAUGUACUGCAAGAGAAACAUACAUUUGGAAUGUUGGUAUGGAAUGUCUACUAUAGUACAAUAUGUGUGUGUGGUGUGGU